AGAAAUGGAAGGAGCAAUAUCUUCUCUUCAAAACCUGCCCCCAGUCAAUGGGAAUCUAGUCACUAUUCUUAGUAUUGACGGCGGUGGUAUCAGAGGGAUCAUUCCCGCUACAAUUCUUGAUUUCCUUGAAUCCGAACUUCAGGAGUUGGAUGGUCAGGAUGCAAGAAUUGCUGAUUAUUUUGAUGUCAUUGCGGGAACCAGUACUGGAGGUCUCAUAGCAACUAUGUUAACUGCACCUAAUGAAAAAAAUCGUCCUCUUUUUGCUGCAAAAGAUAUCAAGCCAUUUUAUAUGGAGCAUGGCCCUAAAAUAUUCCCACAAAGGAGUGGCUUUCGGCGGAUGAUCAAAUUUUGUGGCAUACAGCAGAUGAUCAAAUUCGUGCUGAAUUUUUUCCCAGGUCCCGUGUAUGAUGGAAAAUACCUUCACAAAAUUCUUAAGGAAAAGUUAGGGGAAACUCGGUUACGCAAAACGUUAACCCAUGUUGUUAUUCCAACAUUUGAUGUCAAGUGUUUACAGCCCAUCAUUUUUUCCAGGUUUGAGGACAAAAAAUCCCCAUUGCUGGAUGCCCGGUUGUCUGACAUAUGCAUUAGCACGUCCGCAGCUCCAACCUAUUUUCCUGCUCAUAAGUUUGUAAAUGAAGGAAAUCCUAAGGAGUUUCACCUCAUUGAUGGUGGUGUAGCUGCAAAUAAUCCGACCCUACUAGCCAUGACACAUGCAACCAAACCAAUGGGGGAUAAUGGGCCAGAUUUCUCCAAAAUGAAGGUAAUGGAAUAUGGCCAGUUUCUGGUGAUCUCAAUUGGCACAGGAUCAGCAAGGAAAGAAAAGAAAUUCAGCGCUGAAAUGGUGAACAAAUGGAACCCUUUGGGUUGGGUGCUUAACGGGUCUAUGCCACCAAUAGUAGAGAUGUUUGCCGAAGCAAGUCAAGAUAUGGUGGAUUAUCAUAUAUCUGUGACUUUCCAAGCUCUUCAUUCUGAAGCCAACUAUCUUCGUAUUCAAGAUGACACAUUAAAAGGACAAAUCGCCUCAGUUGAUGUGGCGACAAAAGAAAACAUGGAAGAGCUUGGGAAAAUUGGUUCAAAAUUGCUCGAAAAAACAGUUUCAAGGGUGAAUUUGCUCACAGGACAACACGAGGAAGUAAGGGACGGCGGUACAAACAAGGAGGCUUUGAAAAGGUUUGCAAAGCAGCUGUCAAAUGAAAGGAAAGUCCGGCAGCUGAAGCCUCAAACCGAAAAUUAGUUCAAAACCAGACUCGUAAUUGUCAAUUUAUUACUUUGUUCUUGUACUUAAUUAUCCUGAACAUGAGGUAUCCAAUUUAUCUAGUACACCGUGGAAGUUGUUACUUCUUGAAAAUUUGUAAUAAAAACCGGGUCAAAGAAGGCUUUUGAGAUGUAAUAUUACAUUAUACCAUGUAGAUAUUUG